AUGGCGGUCGCAACCAUCCGCAUUCCUGGCCUCAACUACAGGCCGCGGAACCCUACAUUAGUACGCUAUCGCUCAAGCGCCGGUUCCUCUUCGCAGACUUCCUUCCUGCGAACUUUUUUUCCGGGUAACCACCGCUUUGAACGUCGCCGCCAGUUCGAGUUGCCUCGCGAAAAACGACGGCUGGUGCUCGUUGAUGCGAAGAUUUCGAAAGCCGACGACGCGGCUCGCGACAGACGGAACCUGCAGAAACGACACGAUGGCUGGCGGGGGGAAAGCGCGAAAAAGAAAUCAUCAACGGCUAGUACUACCGCAUCUGCUAGUAGCCCCCCCAAGGAAGUCCCUGCUGAUUCUUCCCCUCCUGCUGUCGUUUCCUCUCCUGCUGAUUCUGGUACCUCCGAGCCUGCUGCUACUGUUUCGGUAACAGCUGCUGCCCCCGAACCUGCUGAUACCUCUGUGCCUGAUACCGUACCUGCGAAUGCUUCCGGCACGGAAACGGCUCUCGCGACGGAACCAGAUGCAUCAACAGCGGCAGCCGCGGCCGCAGCCGCAGACACAGCGACAGACACAGCCACAGCAGCAGAACCGGUACUAAUUGCACCUCCAGAAGACGUGCCGCCAAGCGAAGCAGCAUUGCCGCGUACAGCAAUUGCAACGGAGAGUCCUUUUCCCGCCCUUUCUGCGGCAGCGCAGGAGUCUUUAAGUCGCGCUCAGCGUGCCUCUAGCGGUGCGUGGCAGAGCCUAGCGACGGCUGCUGCCGAGCCUGUCACCCUGCCGAAGCAGCUGCAGGAAAGCGUGCAGGCCCUGCCUCUCCCGCCGAGCCUGACAAGGAGGCUCGGGGUCGCAGAUGGCUCGGCUGUGCUACUAACGAGGGGUCAGCUGGCAGCGGCGUUGCUCGCUGUUGGCCUGCUGGUUAAAGGGAUUCAGUCAUGGUUGAAAGCCAGAGCCACUGCUCUCAACAAUGAGUACGCCGUUCCUGCGCCGCUCCUCCCUGCUUCUCCGAACUUCCCUACCAUACCGGACCUCCCUCCUGUCGUACCUACAAAGCGGACACCAGAGGAACUUCCGAACCUCCCUGUUUCUUCACCUCCAAGACAACUUCCUGAAAGAGCUAUAGCUCCAGUGCCUGUUCCAGUCAUGGCGUCUGCGGCAGAAAGCAGGGAGGAAGAAAAGACUUUGCUGCCCCCUGCAUUCUUCAAGUUCACUGACUCCCUCCCUCCGUUACCUUUCCCUUUCAAAAAUUGGAGUUCUUUUGGAAAGGCCUCUGGUGUGAGUCCAAUUGAUAUGGACGAAAUAGACCGGAUGGCAGCAGCUGCAGCCUCUAAGGGUGAUGUGUCAGACUCGGAAAUAGACGAUCGUCCGAGGCUGAUAAAAUUACAACAAGAUAACGCAAUGGCGUGGUUCGCUUUGAUAACAGGGUUUCUCGUGCUUGUUGCGUAUGCAUGGAAUCCUGCUAACCCUGCUACAGCAUGCAUCUUCCUGCUACUCCUCUACUGCUCACCAGCGACGGCUUUCGGGCCCAUAUCGAGGCAGCUAAUAUCGAAUCUGCAUGCAGCACGCCGCGUACGGGGAGUCUCCGCGCGGACGGUUCCGCCACCCGCAGCGCGAUUGGUCGCCGCGCGGAGGGCGGAGAAAUCGUCCACGGAGAAAGAGUUACCCGCGGAAAAGGCAUUUUCCGCGGAGCGCGCGGAAGAGGCGUCGGCGGGCGGCGGAACCAGCGGCGGAACCAGCUUCCCUUACAGCAUGUCCACGAGUUUAGGGUUGCGCGUAUCCGCAGUCUCGCCGCAGGCUUCGGCGGCUAACACGGCAGCUCUUAAGGCAAUCUUCGCGGCGGCGCUGCUCCCAAUCCCGGCAAACAAGCCAAACGCGUGCGCGUGGCCCGGCGUGACUUGCGCCGCAAACGGAGCUGUCGUUGGGCUAAACCUCACGAGCACCGUCAGCCGUCUCUUGCUCCCACCCACGCCUCGCCUUUGCAACCGCACUGCGCGCGUACCCGGCGGGAAAUUCCCCGCAACCCUCUCCGAGUCUAUCGGCCAGUUAACGGAUCUCGUCCAGCUUUAUCUGCCUAACCUCUGGCUUGCCGGCGCGGUCCCGCGAUCCCUUUCCCGGCUUACGAAACUCGACACUCUCGAUCUACAGGAUAACUGCUUCGCUGGUCCUCUUCCCGUCGCGUUUUUUCGCCUGCCGAAUCUGUACUCCCUGACCGCGUCGCGAAAUUUCUUCUCCAGCGGGUUACCACAACGCGCUGCUUCGUACGCUUCGAUGACUUCGCUAGCGAUUCUGGACCUGGGGAUUAAUUGGCUGUCCGGGCCGAUUCCCGCUGCUCUUGCUACGCUGCCGAGUCUUGGGGGGUUACUUUUAAACACGAAUCGGCUAUCUGGAAAAAUCCCGCCUGCGCUGCUAAAAAGGGAAUCGUUCUCGCUUGUUUUAGACGGGAACCGGCUUUCUGGUGAUCUGAGCGGGCAGCAGAUAAAAGCUACUCUCAUUGGCAUGAGCCAAAACAGGCUGACCGGAAACUUCAACACGAUCCAGUUGACCGAUUCACUGACCUUCAUUGAUGUUUCACAAAACUUGUUUUCGGGCUCCUUUCCGCGGAUCUUGUGCCGUUCGGGCAGCCUUGAAAGCGCGGACUUUUCGCGCAAUCGGUUGACAGGAACCGUUCCAGCCAACUGCUUCAAGACUGCGAAUCCUAUGCAGCUUGCCAUCUUCUUAAGCCACAACAAUUUCUCGGGCAGCUUGCAGCCUUUUUCGAACCUGCCCAGUUCCAUCGCUGCAGUGGACCUUGGAUUCAACAGAUUUACAGGGGGAAUUCCCCGAGGCCUCACCACUUUACCCCAGCUAAACUAUUUGGACCUCGGUGGAAACUCUCUGACAGGCCCCAUCCCCGCCUUCUGCCAGGGUAAGCAACAACUGACCUACCUCAAUCUCGCCUCCAACGCCCUCUCCGGCCCGCCCACCCCGCUCUCCUCCCAAUCCUGCUCCGCCUCCCUCGCCCUCCUCUACCUCUCCUCCAACCGCCUCUCCGGCCCAAUCCCCGCUACAAUCAGCUCCUUUACCCGUCUCAAGCGGCUUCUCCUUGACAAAAACGCACUUACAGGAGCGAUCCCAGCUGGUGUCAGCAAAAUGCAGCGGUUACAGGGACUUGGGUUGUCAUAUAACAGGCUAACGGGGAAAAUCCCCGCGGUUUGGCCGGCAGCUGUACGGACCUUGCUGCUGGCGGGGAACCGGCUGUCAGGGGCUGUUCCGGCUGCUCUGAGCAAGCUGAAGCGAGGCUCGUUCAAACCAGGGAACCCUAACCUUUGUGGAAAACCACUGCCUGCUUGUGCAUAG